GAUAUAUAUUGAGUGCCAAAGUUCUGUGCGUAACGUUAGUUGAGCAAAAGCUGAGACAGACACAACUUGUAAAGUGGCAUCUUCUGAAGUAUGUAUGGCCUGUUUGGAACAACGGGGUCUUCGGGAGAGAUCAUAAAGUUGAAUGUUGGUGGAGCAAGGUUUUCAACAUCGAAGCAAACGCUGACAUGCAUCCCAGACUCCUUUUUCUGCAGCUUGACGAGUGGCCGCAUUCCUUCAGUCAAAGAUGAAGAAGGAGCAAUUUUCAUAGAUCGAGACCCGACAGUCUUUGCAACCAUCCUCAAUUACCUGCGUACCAAGGAACUAAAUCUCAAGGGGGUGGACAUACAGGCACUACGGCAUGAAGCAGAGUUCUACGGCAUUUCACCUUUGGUCAAGAACCUGGCUCUGUGUGAGGAUCUGGAGAGGUCUUCCUGCGGUAACGUUCUCUUCCACGGCAUGCUGCCUCCUCCUUCAUUCCCGCCCAGGAUAGAGCGUAGUGACCACCGCCACAGCCUGUCGGUGGAGGCCGAGACCAGACCCAGGCCGGCGCUCGCCCGGGGAGCCUCGCUCAGAGAAUCCAGCCAGAGACCGGCCUCUGCCAUCGAGCCCCGGAUAGCGAGGGCUGACUUGGAUAUGCCACUCGAAGCCUGCACCGACCCCCGCCGGGUCCUGAUCGUUGCCGGCCACCACAACUGGAUCGUGCUGGCCUAUGCCCAUUUUGUCUGCUGCUACCGUAUCAAGGAGUCCACAGGCUGGCAGCUGGUCUUCACCUCCCCCUACCUGGAGCGGACUAUUGAGAGGGUGGCCCUCAACUCCCGGGUGCCCCUCAGCCAGUCGGAGGGCAAGGAGAAGAUGGUGGCCGUAUCCUACGGCAGCCAGAUCCGGCUGUGGAGCUGCCAGGACGAGAGCAGUCGCAGUCAAGUGGGUACCUUUGAUCUAGCAGUGCAUGUGGACUCUCUGUUCUUCAUCGGCAGUCAGCUGGUCGCUACUAGCCACACGGGCAAAGUUGGUGUCUGGCACGCCGUCACGCAACAUUGGCAGACCCAGGAGAUGUGUGCCAUCGCCAGCCACGACACAGCGGGUUCCUUCCUUCUACUGGGCUGCACCAACGGUUCCAUCUACUACAUAGACAUGCAGAAGUUUCCUUUAAGAAUGAAGGACAAUGACCUCCUGGUCACUGAACUCUACCGUGACCCAAGCAACGAUGCCGUAACAGCACUCAGCGUUUAUCUUACCCCAAAGACGAGCCUGACUGGUAACUGGAUUGAGAUCGCCUAUGGUACCAUCUCUGGUAAGGUCCGUGUCAUCGUCCAGCACCCAGAGACAGUUGGUCAGGGGCCCCAACUCUUCCAGACGUUCACCGUACACUGCAACCCCAUCUCUAAGGUCAUGCUGUCCGAGAAGCAUUUGAUUUCAGUCUGCCAGGAGUAUAACCACGUCCGGACCUGGAACGUUACCAGAUUCCGUGGCAUGAUCUCCACGCAGCCCGGCUCCACGCCCCUCAACUCCUUCAAGAUUCUCUCCUUGGAGGAAGCCGACCUCCACCCGACCUACGCCGCAGGAAACAAUUUCGGGCCCUAUGGUGACCGGGAUGACCAGCAAGUCUUCGUCCAGAAGGUGGUUCCAGAGACGGACCAGCUCUACGUCCGCCUUGCAUCGACUGGACAGAGGGUCUGCCUAAUUCGUUCUGUGGAUAGUAGCACCAUUACAGCCUUCUGUGUCCAUGAAUGCGAAGGCUCUAGUCGUAUGGGCUCCCCUCCACGCCGAUACCUGUUCACUGGCCACUCCAAUGGAUCCAUACAGAUGUGGGAUCUGAGCACUGCCCUGGACAAUCUGGUCAAGGCUAACAAAGGGGAGAAUGUUGAUCCUAACUUGCCGGGGGGACCCUCCGAGGAAGAGCUGAUCCGCCUCCUGGGCCACUCUUACGUCUCUGCCUCCCGCUCCACCACCCCAUCCAUGAGCCCGGCCACCUCGGCCCAGAUGCUGCCCCACCUGCGCAUCAACCAGCUGCGGUCCGGCGGCUCAUCCAGCACGCUGGCCAAUCAGAGCACGGAGGAGCUUCCAUUUGGGGCGGAGGGGGGCGGGCAGCAGGCAGGGGAGAACACAGAUGGGAGCUUCUACAACCUGAAGAUCACCCACUGCUGAGACGAGAUGAUCUGCUUACGAGCUGUUGUAAAGGAAGAUAUGAAAUUUAUUGAUCGACUUGACAAGGUUUCAGGGUGUCAAUUUUUAUGGACUCCAGGCUGGAAGUGCAGCUGGUCCUGUGCAGCCUACUAUGCAGCUGAAGGAUGGAUACACUGGUUUGCACAUUGAAUAGUUUCAACAGAAUGUGUACAAAACCUUAGCAUCAUCACACGAGAGGAAUAUUUCUUAGCUUGGUGGAGAGACAGUAGGGUCGAUGAAAAGUCCUUCAAUUACAGAUAUUUUUGCAUUUUUUUAUCACUUACACUGUACUUAUGCAUGGACUUUGAAGAGAAAGACCUUUUUCCAAAUCAGGCGGUUUGUUUCCAUCUUCGGCCUUAUCUUUCUCCAGGAUCAGUUUCAAAUAUUUGCUGUGGGAAGGAAUGAUGGAGAUUCUCCCAGUUUGGGUUAUUAAUGUAGCUGAACACCGAGUUUAAGCGUUCAACUCAGCGGCCAAACAUGUCUGAAGCCUAAUCAAGAAGGAACAGAGAUUUGGAAAACCUAAUACAGACAUCAGCUAAGGGUAGGCCUUCACCAGGUUAAGGGGACAAUUUGCUUUGUUAUGCAGAUUAGGACCAAGUUGUGGGGCCAUUUCUCUGGCCCCACGAUGGUUUUGGUCCCCACAAAAGAAGCGUAAUGACAAGUGUUUGUCCCCACAACUACGGAACAAGUAUUUCUUAUCUGACAGGUGUCCUAAAGUAGAAAGUAACUGCACACAAUAAAACCAGGAUACUGGCUCAAUGUUACAUGUACACAUGACUAGUUGGCCAUACUUGUUCCGUAGUUGUGGGGACAAACACCUGUCAUUUAUUACACCUCCAUUGUGGGAACCCAAAACAUCGUGGGGACAGAGAAAUGGCCCCAUGGCUUGGUUCUAAUUUGCCUAAUGAUGAAAAACUCCCCCAUAGGAGUUCAGAAUACUGUUCAGGGCCCAAGUUCACGGAGCUGCCUAACAGUUUAACAGUUUAGCUGCUUCCUUAUAGCAGAAGAUUUUGCUUACAGUGAACACUAGUUCAUAGUGUUGCUUGGUGUUCUUGUGUAAGCACAUAGAAAUUCCCAUUUGUCACUAAGCUAAGCAAAUAUUUUCUCUGAGGUGUGAAUUCUGCUCCGGCAUGAUUGGAAAAGAGCUGGAGAAAAGUCUUUUCUUGAGGAUACAGGUUAGUAAGCACAUUAUGGGGUACCGGUGAAAGGUUAAUAAUUAUGCACUUUACAAGAAUGCAAAUGCAGUACCAACAGAGGACUGUCUUUGGGACGAUUGUCUGUGGUCCCCGCUCUCUGCAAAAGUACAAAACAAAAUCUCUUUAAGGAGUUGUAAAGGGCUGAUGUAAACUUUGUAAAAACGUAAAUAAAUUAAUUACACUUUGUGAAUGAGAGAUUAA